AUGUCCAGGUCCUUCCUCACACCCAGAGCUGUCAGACAGCUGUCAAAACAGCCCUGUCGGCUCUUCUCGACCUCCCGACCGGCCUUGCGCCUCUCCGCAUCCUCCGUCGGCGAGUCCGCUUCUCGCCGGGCAACUGUUGCAGCAACAGCCCGCACUUCCCUUUGCAGACCUUUAGUACUGAGAUCAUCGUUCGCUCGAUCCCUCUUCCGUCAGCCUUCUGCUUUUUUCUCCGCCUCCUCCAUCCGCCCUGCCACUCAUGUUACGCAAAACCCGAGAACUGGAGAUGAUGGAGAGAACCUUAUGAUCAGUAUCUCGCCACGAGCCGUGGAGCGUCUUCGCGAAAUUACCGACCCUACUUCCUCACCCUCCGCCACAAACCAAGAAACCCCCUACAACCACCUCCGCAUUACUGUGACUAGUGGUGGCUGCCAUGGUUUCCAGUAUAUGAUGUCUCUUGAAUCAGCGGAAAAAAUCGACGGCGAAGAAGACACCGUUUUUGAGGGUGAUUUGGAUGGUGCUGCGCCGGCUGCGGAGGCUGCCGGAGAAGCUAAGGUUGUCAUGGAUGAGCCGUCGUUGGAGCUACUCUCCGGAAGCACAGUCGAUUACACCACCGAGUUGAUUGGCAGUCAAUUUAAGAUCGUGGACAAUCCGCGUGCGACGAGUAACUGUGGUUGCGGCACGAGCUUUGAUGUCAUGGAUUGA